UUAACACGGAUCGAACUCUCCUAUCUCGUUUUUCCGCUCUCUUUCUUCUCCACAUUCAAAUCCAACCCAAAGAAAAGAACAAACACAACAUUCCUAUUUUACCUUCAAAAAUAUAUUCCCUUCACUUUCCCAUCAUCCAAACACUCCAAUGCCCCCGCCUACGACGUCGUCUCCGCCAUGCACCCCAACAACCUCCCUCUCCAUAACCGAAACAAUUAAUGGGUCUCAUCGAUUCACAAUUCAAGGCUACUCUUUAGCUAAAGGUAUUGGCGUUGGUAAACACAUCGCCAGCGAGAAUUUUACCGUUGGUGGUUACCAAUGGGCUAUUUAUUUUUACCCUGAUGGUAAAAACCCUGAAGACAAUUCCUCUUAUGUCUCUGUUUUCAUUGCUCUUGCUAGCGAAGGCACCGAUGUUCGUGCCUUGUUUGAGCUAACCCUAAUUGACCAGAGUGGUGAAGGUAAACAUAAAGUUCAUAGUCACUUUGAUCGUUCUCUUGAGAGUGGGCCCUACACGCUUAAGUAUCGCGGCAGCAUGUGGGGUUAUAAGCGUUUCUUUAGACGGUCAAUGCUUGAAACGUCGAAUUUCCUGAAGGAUGAUUGUUUAAGGAUUCACUGUACUGUUGGGGUUGUGGUUUCUGCAAUUGACUGUUCGAGAUUGCAUUCUAUAAAGGUUCCUGAAUCGGAUAUUGGAGCUCAUUUUGGCAUGUUAUUGGAUAAUGAAGAAUGUUCUGAUAUCACUUUUAAUGUACAUGGAGAAAAGUUCCAUGCUCACAAAUUGGUAUUGGCUGCUCGUUCUCCUGUGUUUGAAAGUGAAUUUUUUGAUGCAUUGGAGGAAGAUAUUCAUGAAGUAGUUGUUACUGAUAUAGAACCUAAGGUUUUUAAGGCCUUGCUGCACUUCAUUUACAAAGAUACUCUUGUUGAAGAUGAGGAGCUCUCUGUGUCAAGUUCAUCUUCCAUGUCAUCCACAUCAGAUACAUUGAUUGCAAAGUUGUUGGCUGCGGCAGAUAGAUAUGACUUACCUAGACUCAGACUAAUGUGUGAAUCUGUACUCUGCAAGGAUAUAUCUGUUAAUUCUGUUGCUAAGAUUCUUGCCCUGGCUGACCGUUAUAAUGCUACAGAUUUGAAAUCUGUUUGCCUUAAAUUUGCUGCAGAAAAUCUCAUAGCUGUCAUGCGCUCAGAUGGGUUCGAGUAUCUCAAAGAGAACUGUCCAUUGCUGCAGUCCGAACUCCUAAAGACUGUGGCAGGAUGCGAGGAGGAAUUCAGCGGAGGAGGAAAGAGCAGAAGUGUAUGGGCGCAGUUUUCAGAUGGCGAUGAUACAAAUGAUAGAAGUGUGAGGCAGCAACAGUGGGGAAAUGGAGGGGAAAGAAGCCGGAGCUUGUGGGUUCAACUUGAUGAUGAUGAUGCAAGCAGGAGUCCUAGACAAGACUGAGAGUUGAAAUAAUGUAACAAUUUUUAUGAGAAUGACGGGAAAGUGAAAUGGAGAGCAAGGAAAAACAAGGAAUGGUAUGAUAUUAUUACCUCAUCGGUUCUAUUUU